AUGGAUUGGUUGAAGAUCCAGAACAGAGCGAAGAGCCAGGACAAGGUGAAGCGUCAGGUCAAGUUGAAGAGCCAGGACAAGUUGAAGAGACAGGACAGGGUGAUGAGACAGGAUAUGGUGGUGAACCAGGACAUGUCGAAGAUCCAGAACAGUUGGGUCAGGGUGAUGAGCCAGGACAAGUUGAAGAGCCAGAACUGUUGGAGCGACUGCUACAAGUCAGUGAUGACGAUGCACCUGCACAUGCUCUGA